AUGGCUGACCCAAACCAGACACCGAACAGUGCAGCUGCCAAGAAAAAGCUGAUCAUCAAUGCGUUUGUCGAGUCGUGCAGUGGUCAUCAAUCUCCAGGACUUUGGAGGCACCCCCGGGACCAAUCCACCAACUUCAAUAACAUUUCUCACUGGGUCGAGCUUGCGAAGAAGCUGGAGAAAGGGAAGUUCCAUGGUAUCUUCAUCGCCGAUGUUCUAGGUGCUUAUGACGUUUAUAAGGGACCUCGCAAUCCCGAUCCGGCUGUGAUUUCAGGAGCCCAAUGGCCGGUCAAUGAGCCGUUAGUGACCGUGCCCGCCAUGGCGGCCGCGACCAAGAGUAUUGGGUUUGGUGUCACGGUUGCCACAACGUACGAGCAGCCAUAUCACCUCGCUCGCCGACUCAGUACAGUGGACCACCUCAGCGGCGGCAGGCUGGGCUGGAACAUUGUCACUGGGUAUCUCGAUUCGGCGGCAAGGAACCUUGGUCAUACCGAACAACCGGCCCACGAUGAGCGUUACAACAUCGCCGAGGAAUAUGUUGACGUUACAUAUAAGCUCUGGCAAUCUUCUUGGCGUGAUGACGCUGUCAAACACGACCGAGAAAAGGGCAUCUACACUGACCCAGCUCUGGUCCGUACCAUUGACCACGUCGGGAAAUACUACACCGUCCCAGGACCGCAUAUUUGCCAGCCAUCGCCACAACGAACUCCGGUCAUCCUACAAGCCGGCACUUCCAAGUCCGGCAAGAGAUUUUCCGCAAAGCACGCCGAGGCUGUCUUCGUUGCCGGUCACAGCCCUGCCGUCGUGGCCAAGAACAUCGCAGAGAUCCGCGAGACUGCCGACAAGGAGUUCCAUCGCGAUCCAAAGUCCAUAAAGUUUCUGGCGAUGCUUUGCCCUAUCAUUGGCAAGACUCAAGAAGAGGCCGAGGCCAAGUACGCGGAGUAUGUCAGCUACGGUUCGGAGGAUGGCGCUCUUGCUCUCUUUGGCGGCUGGACUGGUAUCGAUCUAAGCAAAUAUGGCGAUGACGAGGAGCUUCGCCACGUUGAGUCCAAUGCCAUUCGAUCAGCCGUUGAGUCGUGGUCCAAGUCCCUCCCCGGUGUUCCCAAGUGGACUAAACACACUGUUGCCAAUCAUAUCAAAGUGGGUGGUUUGGGUGCCACAGUGGUUGGGACACCUGAGAGGGUGGCUGACGAGUUUGAGAGGUGGGUGUCUGAGGCUGAUGUCGAUGGGUUUAAUCUCGCUUACGCGUUAUUCCCCGAUACUUUCGACGACGUGAUUGAAUAUCUCCUGCCAGAACUGAAUAGGCGAGGUCUCUUCUGGGAUGAUUACGCAGUAGAGGGUGGGACAUAUAGAGAGAACUUGUAUGGACAAAAAGGGGUCUCAAAGCCACCGGCUGAUCAUCCCGCCGCUCAGUAUCAUUGGAAGGCUGAGUGA